AUGCUGCAUCUGUCAGCAGAGGAAGCUGUUGGCUGCGUGAGGGUCAAAAGGAGCUUCAUGGAUGAGCUGGCAUUUGGGAGAGGGCAUUCUACAGGGAUGGGCGAGCAGAAGUGAAGGGAUCGAGUGAGUGGUUCCAGCUGGUGCCUGGCCUGCGUCUCUUGGAUGCCUUGAGGCUUCACUCCGUCUCCUGUUGCCCACCACCUCGUCCCUGGGCCACCUGAUACCCCAGCCCAACAGCUAAGGUGUGGAUGGACAGUAGGGGGCUGGCUUCUCUCACUGGUCAGGGGUCUUCUCCCCUGUCUGCCUCCCAGAGCUAGGACUGCAGAGGGGCCCACCAUGGUGCUUGCAGGCCCCCUGGCUGUCUCGCUGUUGCUGCCCGGCCUCACACUGCUGCUGUCCCACCUCUCCAACUCCCAGGAUGUCCCCAGUGAGCCCAGCAGUGAGCAGCAGCUGUGCGCCCUGAGCGAGCACCCCACCGUGGCCUUUGAAGAUCUGCAGCCAUGGGUCUCUAACUUCACCUACCCUGGAGCCCGGGAUUUCUCCCAGCUCGCCUUGGACCCCUCCAGGAACCAGCUCAUUGUGGGAGCCAGGAACUACCUCUUCAGACUCAGCCUUGCCAAUGUCUCUCUUCUUCAGGCCACAGAGUGGGCCUCCAGUGAGGACACGCGCCGCUCCUGCCAAAGCAAAGGGAAGACGGAGGAGGAGUGUCAGAACUACGUGCGAGUCCUGAUCGUCACCGGCCGGAAGGUGUUCAUGUGUGGGACCAAUGCCUUUUCCCCCGUGUGCACCAGCAGACAGGUGGGGAACAUCAGCAGGACUAUUGAGAAGAUCAAUGGUGUGGCCCGCUGCCCCUACGACCCACGCCACAACUCCACAGCUGUCAUCUCCUCCCAGGGGGAGCUCUAUGCGGCCACGGUCAUCGACUUCUCAGGUCGGGACCCUGCCAUCUACCGCAGCCUGGGCAGUGGGCCACCGCUUCGCACUGCCCAGUAUAACUCCAAGUGGCUCAAUGAGCCAAACUUCGUGGCAGCCUAUGAUAUUGGGCUGUUUGCAUACUUCUUCCUGCGGGAGAACGCAGUGGAGCAUGACUGUGGACGCACCGUGUACUCUCGCGUGGCCCGCGUGUGCAAGAAUGACGUGGGGGGCCGAUUCCUGCUGGAGGACACGUGGACCACAUUCAUGAAGGCCCGGCUCAACUGCUCCCGCCCGGGCGAGGUCCCCUUCUACUACAACGAGCUGCAGAGUGCCUUCCACUUGCCGGAGCAGGACCUCAUUUAUGGAGUUUUCACAACCAAUGUAAACAGCAUUGCGGCUUCUGCUGUCUGCGCCUUCAACCUCAGUGCUAUCUCCCAGGCUUUCAAUGGCCCAUUUCGCUACCAGGAGAACCCCAGGGCUGCCUGGCUCCCCAUCGCCAACCCCAUCCCCAAUUUCCAGUGUGGCACCCUGCCUGAGACCGGUCCCAACGAGAACCUGACGGAGCGCAGCCUGCAGGACGCGCAACGCCUCUUCCUGAUGAGCGAGGCCGUGCAGCCGGUGACACCCGAGCCCUGUGUCACCCAGGACAGCGUGCGCUUCUCACACCUCGUGGUGGACCUGGUGCAGGCUAAAGACACGCUCUACCAUGUACUCUACAUUGGCACCGAGUCGGGCACCAUCCUGAAGGCGUUGUCCACGGCGAGCCGCAGCGUCCGCGGUUGCUACCUGGAGGAGCUGCACGUGCUGCCCCCUGGGCGCCGCGAGCCCCUGCGCAGCCUGCGCAUCCUGCACAGCGCCCGCGCGCUCUUCGUGGGCCUGAGCGACGGCGUCCUGCGGGUCCCACUGGAGAGGUGCGCCGCCUACCGCAGCCAGGGGGCAUGCCUGGGGGCCCGGGACCCGUACUGUGGCUGGGACGGGAAGCAGCAACGUUGCAGCACGCUCGAGGACAGCUCCAACAUGAGCCUCUGGACCCAGAACAUCACCGCCUGUCCUGUGCGGAAUGUGACACGGGAUGGGGGCUUUGGCCCUUGGUCACCAUGGCAACCAUGUGAGCACUUAGAUGGGGACAACUCAGGCUCUUGCUUGUGUCGAGCCCGAUCCUGCGACUCCCCUCGACCCCGCUGUGGGGGCCUUGACUGCCUGGGGCCAGCCAUCCACAUCGCCAACUGCUCUAGGAAUGGGGCGUGGACCCCGUGGUCAUCGUGGGCGCUGUGCAGCACGUCCUGUGGCAUCGGCUUCCAGGUCCGCCAGCGAAGUUGCAGCAACCCUGCUCCACGCCACGGGGGCCGCAUCUGCGUGGGCAAGAGCCGGGAGGAGCGGUUCUGUAACGAGAACACGCCUUGCCCGGUGCCCAUCUUCUGGGCUUCCUGGGGCUCCUGGAGCAAGUGCAGCAGCAACUGUGGAGGCGGCGUGCAGUCGCGGCGUCGGGCCUGCGAGAACGGCAACUCCUGCCUGGGCUGCGUGAGCGGGGGCUGGGCCGCCUGGGGCCCGUGGUCGUCCUGCUCCCGGGACUGCGAGCUAGGCUUCCGCGUCCGCAAGAGAACUUGCACUAACCCGGAGCCCCGCAACGGGGGCCUGCCCUGCGUGGGCGAUGCUGCCGAGUACCAGGACUGCAACCCCCAGGCUUGCCCAGGUGAGGACAUCUGUCUCGGGCUGCACACGGAGGAGGCACUAUGUGCCACACAGGCCUGCCCAGAAGGCUGGUCGCCCUGGUCUGAGUGGAGUACGUGCACUGAGGACGGAGCCCAGAGCCGAAGCCGACACUGUGAGGAGCUCCUCCCAGGGCCCAGCGCCUGUGCUGGAAACAGCAGCCAGAGCCGCCCUUGCCCCUACAGCGAGAUUCCUGUCAUCCUGCCAGCUUCCGGCAUGGAGGAGGCCACCGACUGUGCAGGGUUCAAUCUCAUCCACCUGGUGGCCACGGGCGUCUCCUGCUUCUUGGGCUCUGGGCUCCUGACCCUGGCAGUGUACCUGUCUUGCCAGCACUGCCAGCGUCAGUCCCAGGAGUCCACACUGGUCCAUCCUGCCACCCCCAACCACUUGCACUACAAGGGUGGAGGCACGCCGAAGAAUGAAAAGUACACACCCAUGGAGUUCAAGACCCUGAACAAGAAUAACUUGAUCCCUGAUGACAGAGCCAACUUCUACCCAUUGCAGCAGACCAAUGUGUACACGACUACCUACUACCCAAGCCCCCUGAACAAACAUAGCUUCCGGCCCGAGGCCUCACCUGGACAACGGUGCUUCCCCAACAGCUGAUACUGCCAUCCUGGGGACUUGGGCUCCUUGCCUUCCUAAGGCACAGAGCAGGUGGAGAUGGGACAGUGGAGCCAGUUUGGUUUUCUCGCUCUGCACUAGGCCAAGAACUUGCUGCCUUGCCUGUGGGUGGUCCCAUCCAGCUUCAGAGAGCUCUGGCUGGCAUUGACCAUGGGGGAGAGGGCUGGCUUCAGGCUGGCAUAUGGCUGCAGGUCCAGUUCAGCCCAGGUCUCUCAUGGUUAUCUUGCAACCCACUGUCACGCUGACCCUAUGCUGCGAUGCCUGGGCUGUGGACGUACUGGGCAUUUGAGGAAUUGAAGAAUGGAGAUGGCAAGAAGGCAGGCUUUUAGGUUUGGGUUGGAAACAACUUCCUGUGGCCCCCUCAAGCUGAGCCUGGCCUUCUCCAGCUGGCCCCAAAAACGGCCUGUGCUACGUCCUGAUGAUCUCUGAAAGUAAUCAAUCAAGUGGCUCCUACGUAGCUCUGGAUUUUCUGCCAGGGCUGGGCCAUUGUGGUGCUGCCCCAGUGUGACACGGGACCAAGGUCAGCGCAGGUUGUCCACCUCUGCCUGGAAGUCUAUACUCUACCCAGGGCAUCCCUCUGGUCAGAGGCAGUGAGUACUGGGAACUGGAGGCUGGCCUAUGCUUAGAAGUCCUUUAAUCUGGGCUGGUACAGGCCUCAGCCUUGCCCUCAAUGCACGAAAGGUGGCCCAGGAGAGAGGCUCAAUGCCAUCGGAGGCAGAAGUCUGGCCUCCGUGCCUCUAUGGAGACUGUCUUCCAGUUGCUGCUCGACAAAGUUGUUGGCUGAGACCUGCUUGGGAGUCUCUUCUGGCCCUUCAUCUGUUCAGGAACACACAUACACACACACACACACACACAAUCACAAUUUGCUACAGCAACAUAAAAGACAUUGGGCUGUGGCAUUAUUAAUUAAAGAUGAUAUCCAGUC